AUGUCGGCGCCGAAGUUCAGCGUUGGGGUGGACGCGGAUCCGAUGAUGGUGGAGCAGACGAUCGACAAGACUCUGGAGGAGAUCAUCAACGAGCGACGGAAGGAGGUCAAGGCUACCCCCACGACCAAGAGCAAGAAGGCCGCAGCAGCGAAGCAGAAGGUGGCCAAGUCCGUCGGAACGUCCAAGGCCAAGAGGGACGCGGCCCUGUCCAAGAAGCGGGGCAUCUCUGCCAGCGCCAAGCCAUCUCCGGCUAAGAUAGAGGCGGAGGUGCAGCGCACCAAGACACAGCAAUCGAAGAAGAAGGCGCGCCAGAACGCCGACGUUCUGGUCGCCAGCACCAGGGGGGUGAGCAAGGCCAAAGCCAAGAAGGCCCGGGCGGCGGCCACGGCUGCAACGGCGGCAUCCAAGAAGAGCACAGCCGCCGGCAGCGCCAGGUCCAAGCGCGGGGGGGCGCGGCCGGGGGGAAAGAAGCAGGGGGUAGGCCCCGGAGGGCCCAAGCAGGCGGCGCAGAACAUCAAGAGCAAGGGUUUCAACAUCGGCGUGAAGGGAACCAGCAAGAAGCAGCAGCAGCAGCAGGCGCAACAGGAGCAGCAGCAGCAGGCGGGGAGGCGCGGUAGGUCGAGGAGGCGCCAGCGCGGCGGGGGCGAAGCAGCGGCCGUUGACGCCCAGGCUGUUGUCGCCCCGAAGGCCAACAUGCGCGCCAAGAGGAAGAAGAAGGGGGCGGCGGCGGCGGCGGCAAACGCACCCUUCAAGCCUGACCACAACAUGCAGAUCUCGUUCCACUCCGGCGGUAGCGGCGGCGGCGGCGGCGGCGUCACGCAAGGGGCGUUCGUCUUCGGUUCCCCGAACGGCAACGGCGGCAACGCCACGCGCACGAGAAAGCGAGGCACGCCAGUCACCAGCACCAGGCAGCAGCAGCAGCAGCAGCAGCCGACGUCAUUCCUGUCCCCCACCUUCAACCCGGCGCCGCAGCCCAUCAACAACGGCUUGCGCGGCAGCGGGGGGGUCAAGAAGGCUACGUACACCCCGCCCGCGCCCACGCGCAGGAUCUUCAGCGGCGGGGUGGGCGACGUGAGGCGAGCGGGGCCGAAGGACGUUCGACGGUCGCAAGGAAACCCGGUUGACAGGGUGGUGAGGGCUACUAGGAAGGCGAGGGCGGGAACGCUGGAUGCGAGGAGGAACGGCAGACAGGCCAACGGCGGAAACCCUAACAAUGGCGGCAGCGGCGGCGGAGGCGGGGGCAAGGGAAGGAAGGGAGGGUCCCGGCGGCGCAUCGUCCUCCUCGACCAAAGGCCGUGAGAAAAAGCACGCAAGGAUAAGGAAAGCGCUUGAACCACGACGGGGAACAUAAAGAAACGCCAACCAGGACUCUUGACACAACCUGGGAAAAACGAAAGAGGGCGGACGUAGGAAAACGGCGGCACGGUAAUGGAGGUGUCAAGCGUGAGCGGGGCGAAGGGGGGGUGCAAUCGUAGAGCCUCAGGCCCGCUUUGUGCCUAGAUGCAGCACCCCGGUAGCAGCACUUCGGGGGAGGAUUUUUCAGCUGUCAGGGCGAGACAAAAGCAGCACGCCUCGCGCAGAGCCCACGAGGUGACCGAGAGAUGUGCGACGGUGCUAGGUUUCGUGUUGGCCGGGUGAAGGCCAAGGAGCGAAAACGGCCAUACAGAGUGUCGAGAGGGAGGGAACACGGAGGGUUUGGGUGGUGCUACGUGUAGUUGAACACCCGCUAUUCCGCAGGUAGUAGGCUGCAUGCAGGCGAACACCCGCCAUUCCGCAGGUAGUAGUAGAGCGCGCGUUUCACGGUAAGCGGCGCUACUGUACCACGACGAAAACGCAUCUAUUAUAGGGUGGAGGGUGCCGUCACACAGAUGCGUUGCUAGAGGGGGCCCUGUUGUGCUUGGGCGAGGGGGGGGGGGGAGGGGGGGCGAGGACUGUUUUUGGCUGCGCCAUGCUGAUGUUUCUACUACUCCGGUGGUCGUUUGUGUUAUCGAUACGGCAGAAGAGAACGUAGCCUGGGUGAAAAAUUUGCUCCUUUGUGGUCCGGUUCCUGCCCCGUUGUGACGAGGUUGUUAGGCCAAGACGGAGCGACCUUCUUGUGGUUGGGGAGUUGGUACAACACACGGUGAUGUUUCGCCAUUCAUUUUUGGAAAGGAUACACCAGAGAGCCACGCGGGGGGACGACGGGGGGGGGGGGGGCUGUGUUUUUGUAAGAUACUCUUAAUCACGGUAGUCUAGACCGAACGAAGUAGUCAAGCGUUGUUGAAAGUGUUUUUAUGCGGAAGGUUUCGAUACAAGCUCGUUGGGUGCUCGUCCCCGGCUGGAUGUACAGUGGUGCCCGGUGAUGCGUGGCUUCGAGUAGUGUUGCCUCAGGUGCCACAACCAACGCUUGGCUGUGUGGCAGCGACGGUUCGUCAUUCGCUGGUGCCACUGGGGAGGGGGAGUCUAGAGACCAAGGGUAUAAUAGCGGCGGGAGCAUCACUGCGGGAGAGAGGCUGUGUUGCCCCUUCAGCAGGUGUCCAUGAGGCUGGAAGUACGCUAACGAGGAGAACGAUAGAUGAAACUGGCCCGUUUUCUGUGUGGCCCCAACUGAGAGGUACGAAAGGGGUGGAGACUAGCACCAGAGUAGAGGAACACGCACACACUUGGAUGCUGUUUUGGACACCUUCCUGGGACCUUGAUUUUACCCACUGCCACUGACGUGUUUUCCUUGGUCAGCCGGUUGGCCCUGUCGAUGCCCGUUGAUAGAACACACACGCUUAUGGCGGCGAAUGUUUCCGGUCGUGUUGGGUGUGGAGGAGAAUAUUCUUGUUUUUUGGGCGUCCUUCCGGUGCUCGUGCCCUCACCUGGGGACGGAGGAGAGGAGAGCCUCGCGUUGCGGGCAUCUUGGGGGUGCGAACGGAACGGACUGCUGGUUGUACGUGCGGUUGUGUUGUUGUGCGGGUUGGUGGCUGCCACGCUUCGUUCUGGCUCCGGUCACCGGUGGAAAUAACCAAUUCUUUCCAUAUUUUGUAAGUGUCUUGUUGUUGGCGGCGUUGUCUUCUGGAGGGGGACGGGAAAACAGGAGGAGGGGGGGGGGGGCAGCAGCUGGGAAGGACACUAAGAAGUGACGUUUGGUGGUUCCUUGUAGUUGAACUGCUGGUGCUCGUGCUUCCUGAUGCAUAUGUUGGCACGUCUUCCGUGUCACUUACCUAAUGGCGGCAACCGCGUUUGACUGAACAGCCGCGUGUGCAUCUUGGUUGUGUUUUUUACGGCAUCGACCACGCUACAUGGCUGAUCGAGUUAACCACGAUGUCGUCGGCCGGUUUCAGCCAUGGCUGCAUCCAAUCAAUGCGGCCAGAUUUCGAGGAAUUGGCCGUUGUGCGCGUGUGUAGCGCGAGAGACACAACACGCCUAUCGGUUGGUGCGCGUUUUCUCAUCUAUCUGUGAUUUGCGCUGUGGCACGUGCAAACUACACGACUCUGGUCCGUGCUGUGGAUUGAUUCUCGGUACCUUCGUGUCUUGGUGGUUUCACGUCGGAAAAACGAGGUUAAUAUGCAAAGUGGUAGUUCUAUCGAUUUCUCGGAACUGGUGCAUAUCUCACUACAUAUAUAGUAGGUGUGACAUCGGGGUCAAAUGGAAAAAAACAAAACAAGUAGCCAUUAAGCACCUUGUAACCGUAGGAGCAUCAGCCACGCGUCUUGGGUCGGAAUUCCGUGCGGUUCGUCCCUCUUCCGUGUUGUUAUUAUUUUCGCCAUCUGUAUUUCUUUGUUUCGUGUUCCGGUAAAGCGUGCACGGCGUUUGGUAUGUACAUCUAACUAAAUUUUUUGUCUUUUUUGGUGCUGCUCUACCUUUCGUGGUGCGGCUACCCGUGUCUGUUCUGUUGUGGUCAGACGCUACUCUUACGAUAUCGAGGGCGCGGGGGUUCGAGUGAGAAGGCAUGGGGGCGAAACAAUUUUUUUGAGUCCCGGGAGUUUGCAACUUUUAGCUUUGCGUUGGUUGGUGAGACGGUGGUUGGUGUGAUGCGAUACAAGGGGUGUCGGAGGUUCCGCUGAAUGGAGAAUGGAUGGGAGUGUGGAAAGAAAAAAGGAUGAUACUCCAUAUAGCUGUACACUGCGUCGAUUACUACAGCCGCAACAAUGAAACGAGUGCCUCCAUUCCGAUUCAGGGCACCGACGGCGGCAGACAACGUUUUGUUACGUCUACUUCAAGCGAACUGCCGUGUAGCGCACGACAACACUGACUUACUGGUGGUUCUCUCCUGAUUGUUGGGUGCGACGAAGUUACCCCGGGCAUGGCCACCGAACUGCUGUCUUCUUG